AUGGAAAAGGAAUCUUCAUUACCGACCAAGAUGUUACGGUCCUUGGGCCAUGUGGAGAGAUACUCUGCAACCCGCAUCGAUUUGGGAAUAUAUCUCAAUGUCACUCUAACAGCCCGCUACAACUGUUCCGACAAGCUUGCCGUGAAACCUGCACUAUUCUAUGCACUGGCAGCCCUCAUAGCGAAACAUCCAAUCCUCUCAGCGAUCCCAUGGGCUAUGAAUACAAAAGAGCCUUACUUCAUACGUCUGACGAAGAUAGAUUUGAAACAGGCUGUUAGGUUUGUCGAGGAUGAAUUCCGUACAGAAAAUACAGAUUGGAGAGAGUUCGUGGACAAGGUUCUUGAGAAGGAACACAAUACUACUUUCGAGAGUCGAAAUGAUGCAGAUCUUCCAUUUUAG